GCAGUCUCCUCGUGUCUCUGCCUAGAUGAUUGUCCUGUGGGCGAGGUAGCAACACAGUCUUUCAGAGCAACGCGACAAAAUGCCCACAGCAUACGAGUUUCGCGGCAACCGGGACAAUGCAAGGUCCCGGCCGCAACACGAGUUCACUUUUCGCUCUCAUCCGCCUCGAACGUCCGCACGCCCACUGCUGACAGCCCAGCGAGAAACCACUCCUGAGUUUUUGGGCGCAAACGACAUUAAUGAGAAGCAGCAGCCCAAGUUCAUGAAUCUCGAGGACCUGACUGAUAGCGACGAGGAGGUUAUGGACGUUUCCUCUGCGGAGGACAGUGAGCCACCUAGGAAAAAGCAAGCCAUGGAAAAUACAGUACCGUCGACUACACCCAGGUGGUCCAAUCCUGACCCUUACACUGUGCUACCACCUCCCGAUGAAAGUCAGGGAAAGAAAAAAGACUUUGUGAAAUUGAUCCGCAAGGCGAGGAUCGCUGCUCAAGUAAAGCCGGAGGAGAACAAUGCCAUUGAAUCCAAUGAGGAUUUUAUAUCCCUAGGUGCAGAUGACCUCACAGUGGACCAGCCGCCAGAGAAUGCCCCGCGCGGACCGCGCGGUGAUCGUAAUGGAGAUCCUGCCCUUGGAAAUCGCAAGCGUACUCGAAAUGAUGAGAUUGUUGGGCCUGCACCAAGGAGUCAGCGAUAUGAGAAACCUGACACGCGUUUUAAUCUGGAUGGUUCAAUCAUACAAGCGUAUCGCACCAUUGCUGGCCAAGACUCAACUCCGUGGUUUGAUCGAUCACGACAAGCGACCUUCCACUUGGGAGCCGCACUUCAAAACGAGAUCGUUGAUUUCUAUCACUGGGUCAAGCCAAGACCUUUCGAAGACGUAAUCAGGACUGAUCUUAUUACACGCUUCGAAAGACUUAUGCAAAACAGAUUCCCUGGAUCGCAACUACAUGCCUUUGGUUCAUAUGCAUCCGGUCUUUACCUUCCAGUUGCGGACGUUGACCUCGUUUUACUUUCGAGAUCAUUCAUUCGCCAAGGUAGGAAAUUUUUGUGCCAGAAGAUAAAGGAUAUAUAUUCUCUUACGGCAUACAUCAGAGAUACUGAAAUUGCUGUUCCCGGCUCUAUUGAGACAAUUGCUCAUGCAAGAGUCCCCAUUAUCAAAUUUGUAGACCGCCUUACAGGGCUGAAAGUUGACUUGUCUUUCGACAACAACAGUGGGUUGGCAGCAAAUAGGACCUUUCAACAGUGGAAAGAACAUUUCCCUGCCAUGCCGCUUAUUGUCUCUGUCAUCAAACAAUUUUUGCUCCUCAGAGGCCUGAAUGAGGUUCCCACUGGGGGUUUAGGCGGCUUCUCCAUUAUUUGCUUAGUGACAAGCCUGCUUCAGCAUUUGCCUCACGGCAUGUCCGAACCAAACCUUGGAGGAGUUCUUAUGGACUUCUUUGAUUUUUAUGGAAACAAAUUUGACUUCUCUACAGUGGGAAUCGAGCUCAACCCACCCGGCUAUUUCCACAAGCACACUCGAAACAUCUAUCAAGCAAAUAGUCGAGAUAGGCUUUCAAUAAUCGACCCCAAUAACCCUGAUAACGACAUUUCUGUUUCGACAAAAGAAAUCAGGCGGGUUUUCAAAGCAUUUGCUGAGGCUUUUCACACACUAAGCCAAAAUAUCAGAUCGGCCUCUUUUCUGCCUCCCCAAAAUAUCAGCCUGCUAGCAUCAAUCAUUGGUGGGAACUACGAGUCAUACCACACACAGCGCGAACACUUGUUUGAACUUUAUGCAAACCACCCGAGAUUCGUUCAAUACCACAAUACCGUCCCUCUACCACUGCUUCCAGGUAACUCAACACCGCCACCUCCCCCUAUUUCACCACCACCGCCGCCCCCACCCCCAGAGAUAGGGAGCCAGGAGUUAUCCGGACACGCGGCUCCUGUUGCCAAAGUCGGUAAAAAAAGACAAAAGUUCAUGGACCGUGCUUCGCGUCUGAGGUUACUUCGGCCUGAUUUAAAAGGGAUCCCGCAAUUCAUUACCCAUGAACAGGCAAUAAAGCUUGGAGGCUACUCUAACGAAGCCGAGAUGGUCCGUGACCUUCUCGCUCGAGAGAAAACCCUUGAGCAGCAUCAAGCAAGUUAAACAGAUAUUCGACACAAGUCAUGAAUUUAACGUGGAUUCGAGGCAGAUACCCCUUGCCUUGCACACUUACCUCUAUUAUUUCUUGAGGCAAAUGAGAUAUUCUUUUCUGUUAUUCUCAAAAAUUCUCGUCUGGCGUGCUUGCGUGGAUGCUUGCACCGGUGACAAUAUCCUUGUUCCUCGGUGACUAUGAUGCAUGUGAUACCCAACAAAAUAUUUGUUCUCCAGGGAUACGUGAUGGCGAUUGUGCUAUGGCCUUCAUCAAGAGGGUGGUACAUUAAACUUUUGCAUAUCGAUAUUUGUGAUUUCUUAUAUGUAAUGAAUACCGUCUACAGG